UAGGAAUUGAAGGGAGAUUUCAGAAUAGCGAGAGAUCUCGAUACUCGACAAUCUUAGAAUAGAGGGAUUCGACUGUACUAUAUAUGUAUGUGUAUGUAUACAUAUAUACACUGACAUACACAUACACAUAUGUAACUCGCGCGUGCUAUGGCGUGCUGUCAAAAUAGAGUGCAUAGAGCUCCUCGAAGAUCCAGCGAUUCUCCUCUCUCGCCCGUCAGCUGUGCACUCGAACAUAAUAUCUCGCUGUGAUAAGAACAAAAAUUCACCGGUGCGAAGUAUGAAAUUUCAUUGCGCGAGUGAGGAUAUAAAGCAAAUCUGAUAUGUGAGUAUUUCCGCGCCAACGAGAACGAAAACCUAAGAUCUUACUGUGGUAAGGACGAAAAUGUCGUUAGAGCCAAGUUAGAAGAAAAUUUUGCUGCGAGUGAUAUAUGUAUAAAGAAAACGUGAGAUACAUAUUUUGUCCCAACCGGGACAGGAUUCCAAGAAAGAGAGAAGCCGAACCUGAACCAGAGCGUGCCUGAUUUCGCUUUCGGAAUCGAGCGAGAACGCGUGAAUUAUUUCAUCGUGUUCAAUCACACGCGCUUCUGAGCAUCAAAGUAGUUUAAAAUCGAUUGAAAUGGAGCCAGUGGGACAGAAUCAACCACCUAACGCUUUGAAUAAUAUUGGCGACGGUUCUGACACUAAGGGCAGCUGUUUGUUACUUCGCUAUGCUAGCCAGAAUUCUCUAGAUGAAAGCUCACAAAAACACAUUCCUCGUGAGAAUGGAAAGGACAAGCCACCAUAUAGGAAUCACCAUCACACGAAUCGAGCCUUUGAUGUCAUUAACGAGAUGAGAAAGAAAAAUUUACUCUGCGAUGUCAUCUUAGUAGCGGACAGUGGUAUGGAGGUACCUGCUCACAAAAUGGUUCUCGCUGCAUGUAGCCCUUACUUCUAUGCCAUGUUUACAAGUUUCGAGGAACGUGAUCAGGAGAGGAUAACGUUGCAAGGCGUGGAUUAUUCGGCGUUAGAGCUAUUGGUAGAUUAUGUUUAUUCUGCUGAAGUUCAUGUCACGGAGGAGAAUGUGCAGGUGCUCCUACCCGCUGCGAAUUUAUUACAAUUGACAGAUGUUCGAGAUGCUUGCUGCGAUUUUUUACAAGCUCAAUUGCAUCCAUCUAAUUGUCUUGGUAUUAGGGCAUUUGCAGAUCUGCACGGAUGUCUCGAACUGUUGACGCACGCGGAUAGCUAUAUCGAGCAACAUUUUUCAGAAGUGGUUGAUGCGGAAGAAUUUUUGACACUGGCAGCUGAUCAAGUAGCAAAGCUUAUUUGUAGCGAUCGUUUAAUGGUACCUUCUGAAGAGAAAGUAUUUGAAUGUGUCAUUUCAUGGGUACAUCAUGAUCUUGAAAAGAGACAGACCGAUUUAGCUUUGUUAAUGGAAUAUGUGCGCUUACCUUUAUUGUCUCAAGAAUAUUUAGUUCAACGUGUGGAGGAGGAACCACUUCUCAAGGCAAAUUUACAAUGCAAAGAUUUCUUGAUUGAAGCCUUAAAAUAUCAUUUACUGAAGGGUGAGCAAAAAUCGCUGUUUAAAACGCCACGUACUAAACCGAGGCAGCCAAGAGGCUUGCCCAAAGUAUUGCUCGUUGUCGGUGGUCAAGCUCCAAAGGCGAUCAGGAGCGUCGAGUGUUAUGACUUUAAAGAGGAAAAGUGGUAUCAAGUUUCCGAAUUGCCAACACGACGUUGUAGAGCCGGGCUUUGUGUUCUCGGCGGACGUGUGUACGCCGUUGGUGGAUUCAAUGGAUCAUUGAGAGUACGAACGGUUGAUAUUUAUGACGCCGCGGCGGAUCAAUGGUCACCCUGUCCCGAGAUGGAAGCUAGGAGGUCGACGCUCGGUGUAGCAGUGCUCGGCAAUUGCGUUUACGCUGUCGGUGGUUUUGAUGGUUCGACGGGAUUAAAUUCGGCCGAAGUAUAUGACCCGCGCACUCGCGAAUGGAGACCAAUAGCGCGAAUGUCAACACGGCGCAGUAGCGUAGGAGUAGGCGUUGUCAAAGGAUUGCUGUAUGCUGUUGGCGGCUAUGAUGGAGAAUCUCGUCAAUGUCUCUCCAGUGUCGAGUGUUAUAACCCAGAAAAAGAUCAAUGGAAACCUGUACCAGAGAUGUCCGCGCGUCGUAGCGGUGCGGGUGUCGGUGUCCUGGAUGGUAUUUUAUACGCGGUGGGAGGUCAUGAUGGUCCACUGGUUCGAAAAAGUGUAGAAGCAUUUAAUCCAGAGACCAACCAAUGGACUCCCGUCAGUGACAUGGCACUUUGCCGUCGUAACGCCGGUGUCGUGGCAUUGAACGGACUUUUGUACGUUGUGGGUGGAGACGACGGUUCUUCCAGUUUAGCAUCAGUAGAAGUGUAUUCUCCAAGAACUGAUACCUGGACCACCUUGCCGACUUGCAUGGGAGUAGGACGUAGUUACGCUGGUGUAGCUAUUAUCGAUAAACCAAUGGCCCCCGCGAUGACAAUGUGAGGUCUACAAUCCGCUGGGCAUGCGACAGA